AUGGAGCCCCACAAGCCACUGAAGUCUGACAGCCUUGUAGCCACCAAGCAGCAGCAGCCACUCCAAGAUGGCUUGGAGGAAGCUACCAGCUCCAGAGAUGUGGUGGCCCUCAAGAAGUCCUCCACACCAAGCAGGACCUCUGUGUCCAGUAGAGCUUCCAAAUCCAGCAGGACCUCUGUGUCCAGCAGGAUUUCUGUAUCCAGCAGAACUUCCACAUCCAGCAGGACCUCCAUAGCUAGCAGGGCCUUCAAGAGAUCUACCCAGCAGUGCAUGAUCCUGAUGGCUGAGACGUACCCACCCAGGCAGGAGGUGCGCAGGACAGGCAUGCCAAAAGUGGACAAAGCAAUUCAGACCCCCCGGUCCUUUGAUGCAUCACUCAACAAACGGCGCACUCGGCUCAAGAAGAAAAUUAAAAGCAAAGACAUGAGCAGCAACCAAGAUCAACUGCAAGCCUCAAGGGACAGCAAUGCCAUGGAGAUCUUUCCCCAGGCAGAGGGGCACAGGACUCCCAGCCCCCCCGAGGUCACACCCCAGCACAGGAGGAGCAAGGUCUCAUCCAACACAUGCAUGAACGCUGAUGAGGAAGAAUGGGAGGACCAGGCUGUGCUGGAGGUGGAAGGGUAUGAGGCUGAUGUUCACAGCCCAGGCACUGUCAUGGGAGACAGCCAGGGGAUCUGCCCUGCAGAGGAGGAGAUGCAGAAGGGGCUGAAACACACUCAGGCUCACGAAGGCAGAGAGGUGAAACCAAGCCUGCUUCUGGAGGCUGACGGAAGCUCUCACAAGGAAGGAAAGCAGGUCCAUGUAGGAGAGCUGAAGCCUCACCCAGCCCCUAUGGAAAUGCGUUUACUGGACGUUGAUCACCAGCAGGCGCUGGGGGGUGUGCGUGUGGAUGAUGACUAUCUGGCCAAAAAUCUGGAAAUCUGUUUUGGGGCAAGACGCUCUAAAAUCACCAAACCCUUUGUGGAUCCGUGCUCCAUCUCCCCUUAUGCCCCAGGGGAUGCAGCCAGCAGUCAGGACCCCAUCUCCGGUGUGGGCACUGGUGAGGUCAUCUCAGCCACAGAGGAGCUGCAGCAGAUCAUCAGACACACUGCAGAGGACACAGAUUUCAGGGAUAGUCAGGGCUCUGACCCUGCAGAGGAGCUGGAUCCUGCUGUGAAUGGAGGUGAGGAAAACAUUCAAGACCUUGAUUUCAUCCUGGACCCCACAGACAGCAAGGUUCACCUGAGGAGCCGGAUGCAUGAAGCCUUGAGACACAUGGAAGGUGCUGUGAACAUGAAUCUGAGUAAAUCCAUGAAGGCGGUGAGGAAGGUCCAGCAAACACCCAUGGGAGAAGAGGACACAGAUUUCAGGGAUAGUCAGGGCUCUGACCCUGCAGAGGAGCUGGAUCCUGCUGUGAAUGAGGACAAUGAUGAUGUCAGUCGUGAGGGUUCCGUCCUGGCUGCCCUGAGUGUCCACUCAAUCCCGGAGGAGCCGGAAGAGGCACAAGUGGAUGAGAAAGCUGCUCUUGCUCCUGGCCAUGUUCCCCAAACCUGUGUAGCAACAGAGCUUCCACCAAAGAAGAAGGUGUUAAAUCCCCUCGAAACAGAUACAGCCAGUGAACUCACAGAGACCCCUCAGACAAGAGUUGAGAGUGAAGCAGUGCAGAACAUGACAAAGAAACAGCAGAAAGCAUUCUCCGAUGCUUUCAACUUCUUCCCCAAAGACCUGGAUGGCAAUAUUAACCUUCAGAACCUGGAGGUGCUUGCUAAGCAGGUGGGAAUUAGCUUUGAUGGGCAAGAGGCACACAAGAAGCUGGUGUGUGCAGAUGCUGAUGGAGACAAAGCAAUGAAUUUCUCCGACUUUCUGACCUUCAUUACUGACAAGAAUUGUUUUAUCCAGACAAUAUUCCCUGACAAAAACGACUCAGGCAACUUCGAUCAUGUCGAUGCCAGAGGAAUCCUCCUCCUCAAAGUCUUGCUGAAGCUGGUGGAGUUGGAAGCUCUGCCCCAGAGAACUCUAUUUCAGAUUUCCAGUUACUACCAGCAGAAGUUUAGGGACUGCACUAGUGAGAAAGCCUGGACACAUGCUGAUUUCUCCGUGAGUCACAAAAAGAGCAACAAAAACAGGAAAGUUCUGGUUUAUCCUUUGUCUUCCUUUCUAAGUGCUGCCCGCAUCUCACUGAUGAAGGAAAGAGAGGCAACAGUUUAUUUGGAAUAACUCAGAGAAAAAGCGUCCAAUUCAGAGAGCCCCUAUGCUCAGGUACCUGUCUUCCCACUGAUUUCUAAACAAGAUGCAAAGACACUGGUGAAGCCAAAAAAAGACAUGCAAAAGCAGACAAAGCAGAGAAAGAAAGAGCUGGUACCUUCAAAGGAGACCCACUUCAGCUGUAAGAAAAAACAGGUUCAGAAGACUGCAGCCAAGGCUUCUGCUCAGAGCAGCAAGAAGAAAUGCUCCCCUGCCAUCAACUCAGAGCACCCAAACAAACGACGUCACCCACCAACAGCCAGCAAGGGCAAGGCACAACCAUGUGAUGCACAGCUGGCCCAACGCUACAGGCGCAACCUGGCUCUCCGCAAGCAGGCCAGCCUGCUCAAGCUGUGGCAGAAGAUCAAUGGGGCUCAGAUCGGACAGCAGACAGGCAGCAAGCGCUUCCACUACAUUUUCUCCACGUACUCCUGGUCCUGGAACGCGUGCAGAGAGCUGGUGACAGCUGAGGAGCUGCAGGCACAGGAUGGCCGGCAUUGCUGCUUCCCGCCAGCCGCCAGGCAGCCACCGUGGAAGAAGUGGCUGUUUUAG